AUGACGUCAAAAACACCGCACCCAUUUCUGAAAUGUAAUGCAUUUCAAAAGGUCUUCCAUACUUGGGUGACAAGUUUACUUCGAUUGGGACGCAAGCGACCGCUUGAAAUUGAUGAUGUCUUCGAUAUUUUACCUGACGAUCAAAGUCAACCUUGGACUGACAGAAUAGAAAAAGCAUGGCAGGAUGAUCUACUAUUCGGCAAUAAAUCAAACAAAGCAAACUAUCGACCAUCACUAUUAAAAGCGACAGCGAAAGCGUACGGAAGACAAUAUGUUACUAUAGGUGUAUUUCUACUUAUAUACACGAUAUGUCGAUUUAUUCAGCCAUUUAUAUUAGCACGUUUUAUUCGAUACUUCGCUCCAUGUUCAAAUGUGCCAUUUCGCGAUGCAGUUCUAUUAGCAACACUAACAAGUGCUUUUCCUUGGAUUAUGUUUCUCUCUCGACAUAUGGCGUUCAUACGAGCUUUUAUUGCCGGUAUGCGUCUCCGAUGUGCAUAUUCUGGCCUAGUUUUUCGAAAGAUUAUGAAAUUGUCUACACGGUCAUUGGGAAUCCAUUCCAGUGGUAAAAUCGUCAAUCUAUUGACGAAUGAUGUUCAAGCAAUCGAACGCUUAGCACUUGAUGGCCAUUUCAUUUGGCUUGGAUUACUUGAAACAAUCGUUGUGCUUGCUAUUCUUUGGUCGCGAGUCGGUGUUACCAUUUUAUUAGCCAUUAUCUAUACAUGUUUCGUACUACUCCUUCAAAUGAUUUGCGGUAAAUGUAUUCAACUGAUAUGGACGAAACGUGUUCGGCAAACAGAUUUACGUAUAAAACUAAUGAAUGAAGUUGUUAAAUCAAUACAUCUUGUUAAAAUGUAUGUAUGGGAAAGGCCAUUCCGAAUGAAAGUCGAAGACGUGAGAAGACGAGAGACAUUUUAUGUCAUUUGUCAGUCAAUAGCAAAUACAGUUAAGAUUGUUAAUGGUCAAGCAUUUCCUAAUGCGUUUUUUCUGGUGAUUUUCGGUCUUCUUUGGUAUCAAAAAGCAACAUUUGACACGGAGUUUUUUACGAUCGCAUUUGUUUUGAUUUCCUAUCUUCGCAAUACUUAUUUAAACAAUUUUUCGAGCGCUUUCACAAAUCUUACUCAAUAUUGGGUUGCGGCGAAACGUAUCGAAGAUUUCUUACUGAGUGAAGAAUAUGAUCGAUCAGCUGCCAUAACCUAUGACUUAAAUAGUGAAAGCACCGAGAAUGACGGUUGCGCUGUCGAUGUUCGACAAGUUUCAUCAUAUUGGGAGACGAAUGCAUCGUUUCAUUUACAAGAUAUUACCUUUUCUGCUCGCUACGGCGAUUUAAUAAUGGUCAUAGGAUCGAUCGCUUCGGGAAAAAGUUCAUUAUUGAUGACAUUACUUGGUGAAAUGUCAAUUACACAUGGAACAAUUGCUUACCAUGAAAAUUCACACGUUUGUUAUGUACCACAAGAACCGUGGAUAUUCUCCGGUACAAUUAAAGAAAAUAUUCUAUUUGGUCUGGAAUACGAUGCACAAAAAUUCAAUCGCUGUAUUCAUGCGACAGCUUUGCAUAUAGAUUUAGAAAACUUACCAUAUGGUGACUCAACUAUUGUUGGAGACAAUGGAGUUAUUCUGUCAGGUGGACAGAAAGCACGAUUGUCUCUAGCUCGUGCACUCUAUCGUGAUGAGGAUAUCUAUUUAUUAGAUGAUCCGCUAUCAGCGGUUGAUGUCGAAGUUGGUCGCCAUAUUGUACAGAAAUGCAUUCUGGGUAGAUUAAGUUCCAAAGUGUGUAUUUUGGUAACACAUCAAAUCCAGUUUCUAAAAUAUGCAACGAAGAUUAUCUUUCUGGAUAAAGGCGUUCAAAUAGCAACUGGAACCUACACCGAAUUAAUAAAAACAUGUCCAGAAUUUACAUUAUGGACAGAAACAACAACGCAGAAACUUCGUGCUGGCUCAGGUUCUACAAAUGCAUCAUCGAGUCAAUUGAAUCUUACCACCACACCAGAAUAUCUCACUCAAUUUUCGUUGGUAACAGCACUUCCUGGUAAUGAAGAAGAGGAAAAAUUGCUGCCACCGUUAGCUGAGAAACCAGUACAAAAAGAAACAGUCGAAACUAAACGAACAGGUUCCGUUGGUAUAAGCGUUUUCACACGUUAUAUAAAAGCUGGUGGCUGUGGAGUGUUCGGAUUGACUUGCCUUUUUAUAAUCUUUGCAACAACGAGUGCUAUUAUCUUAAUAUCAAAUUGGUGGCUUGGACGCUGGUCCAAUGCAGAACGUAUUCGCUAUAGUUCAACUAAUUCGACUAGUAAUUGUUCAACAACAAAUGUAUCGGCAAUUGCUACAAUGUCAGACAACGAAUGGUUCAACAAACGCGAUCAAUAUUUCUAUAUUUUACUUACAUUGAGUUUAUCAAGUGUAGUGUUACUAUUUAUUCGAACGAUGGCAUACUUUGUGUCAUGUCAUAUUACUUCGCGAUCACUGCAUAAUCAGAUGUUCAAUGCACUUCUUCGUGCGCCCGUUCUUUUCUUUGACUCUAACCCGAUUGGUCGUGUUGUAAAUCGCUUUUCAAAAGAUAUUUCAUCCAUUGAUGAGCAAUUAUCCGAUGUUACAUACAAUUUUGUCGAUGUAUUCUUCAAUAUACUUUCGACGAUUAUAUUUAUUGCAUAUAUGCAACCACUAUCAUUGAUUUCCAUAGCGUGUGUUGGUGUUGUUUUAGAACGAGUUCGCCGAGUUUAUACUCCAGCUGUUAGGGAUAUGAAACGACUCGAAAGUCUUUCUCGAUCACCGAUCUAUUCUCAUUUGUCAGCAUCAAUUCAAGGUGUAUUGAUAAUUCGUGCUUAUAGAGCCCAACAAACGUGUGUUCGAGAUUUUGCGAACUGUCUAGACGAGCACAGUCGAGUAUACAGUGUUAUGCUUGGAAUGAAUCGUUGGUCAGCAAUGCGAAUCGAAUGUGUUGUCGCUGCUUUUAUUGGUUUUCUUGCAUUCUCCAUACUGCUAAUGCAUCGAAAUAUACCCAUAUCGGAUCUGAGCUUGAUCUUGGCCUAUUCAUUUACAUUAGUUGGCUCUGUACAAUGGAUUGUUCGGUUAACAGUUGAUGUGAUGAUGCAAAUGACAAGUGUUGAACGUGUCAUUGAGUAUGUCGACUUAAAACCUGAGGAAGCACCGAACACACAAAGUUCAGUCACUCUUUCGCCUGAAUGGCCAAUCGGUGGUAUUAUCUUUGAUAAUCUUUCGUUUCGUUAUUCAUCAACAUCAUCGUGGGUGUUGAAGAAUAUUAACAUUUCUAUACAGCCCAAUGAAAAAAUUGGUAUUGUGGGUCGUACAGGAGCAGGAAAAAGUUCGAUUAUUCAAUCGUUAUUCCGUAUGGCCGAACUGAGUGGUCGCAUAUUAAUCGAUGGAGUUGACACUCAACUUCUCUCGUUAUACGAUCUUCGGCGACAUAUUUCCAUUAUACCUCAGGAUCCUGUUUUAUUUAAUGAUACACUUCGAAUAAAUCUCGAUCCAUUUGGUGAAUAUUCUGACACGGAAAUCUGGACUGCGCUCGAAGAAGUCCAACUAAAAUUGGAUGUUGUCGGUGGAUUACAGCAACAGAUAACCGAAGGUGGCUCAAAUUUAAGCGUUGGUCAACGACAACUGAUUUGUUUGGCUCGAGCACUUCUACGGAAAAAUAAAAUCCUCGUUAUCGACGAAGCAACAGCAAAUGUCGACCAUAAAACCGAUGAGCUUAUUCAAACAUCUAUUCGACGAAAAUUCGUUAAUUGUACUGUGUUAACAAUCGCACAUAGGCUACGAACAAUUAUUGAUAGUGAUAAGAUUCUCGUUUUAUCACAUGGUCAAGUUGUGGAAUUCGCUAGUCCUUAUGAAUUGUUAAGUGAUGAACAAUCUCAAUUUUCACAAAUAGUUUCUCAAACCGGUGAUCGUGAAACUGCACAUCUAAUACAACAAGCUAAAAAGGCUUCAACAGUAUCUCGUCAUACAUAA